AUGUACCGCAUGUUAUCUGAAAGUGUCAAUCGACUUGACGAUAAAUUAAACCAAUUGAGUGAACUUUUGGAAGAAAAAAGGAACGAGAAAGAGGAAGAAGAGGCGAAAGUCUCCACAGACGAGUUUCGACGUAUCGAAGCAGAAGCGCAGGAGAAUCUGAAGAAUUGGGUACUGAAGCAAGAGGCAAACGAUGAAAUUAUUCUGAAAGAGUUAAAAAGUACAAAUGUAAAGUUCAAUAUCGAAAAAAGUGCUCAGCGAACAUUAAUAAGGUCUCUCUUCAUGGAAAUGAAGGAUACCCGAGAGGAAUGCAAUGCUUUUGGAACUCAAGUUUUCAAUGAAUUAAAUAGUCUUCGAGAUGAUAUCAAUGAGCUUAAGAACUUGUUGGUUACUUCGAAAGAAAAGGGUUGCUCUGAAAAUCAAAAUAGCGAGUCUGUCAAGUCGGAAGCUACUGAUACGCAGUGCACAUCUACUGAGUCUGAAACUGUCGACGAGUAUCCAUUGCUUCCAGGCGGAUUGAAUCAACGAUAUUCAAAUUUUUAUAUUUUCAAAAAUUGCCCGAAAUGCACUCGUCUUGUAAACAAAACGGAUGAAAGCAAUCAUGUGAAGUGUUCGUGUGGAGCAUUUUUCUGCUGGGUCUGUCUGUUCCAGGCAUCUGAAUCCAGACCUAUAUAUGCACACAUGAAAGAGGAACACGGCUGCCACGGAGGAAAUUAUGACAUUCCGGAAUUCGAAGAUGGUAACAUCGAUGUACAAAGAGCUAUCGCUGAAAACUUGCGAUUCCAACCAGAUGAUGAAUUCGAUCAAGAGGAAGAGGGCCGUCUUAACCGUAAUUUGAACUUGGCAGAACAACAGCAAGCACCCCAACUCGAAAAUAGCAACAACGGUCCCGCUGAAGAGCGACAAGUUUCUGAGGAUUCCUACCUAAGCGAUGAAGAAAAUGACGAGGAAGAGCAAAAACGUCUUCAUGAGGAGCAGGAUUUCACCGCUGAAUUGACAAAAAAACUGACUUUGGUCAAACGACAGCAAGACAAUCGUUCGCUACCACCUGCUUCCAAAGUACAAUUAUUUGAUAGUGCUGUCGGAUUUCCUCAAACUACUCCCACCAUUCCGAAUCCACCUCAAAUUGCACAACGCUUUCAGAAACAUUUGAAUGAGUUUCCAUCAGUUCUUCUUGAGAAAUAUCCAGUGUAUUACAAAAGCAAACGUCGUCGGGCAGCUUUGUUAAAAUGGAUCAACGAGUCGGACAGUCAAUAUCAACAUGACCAUCGCAUGAGAGAACUCUUCCGCUAUGCAGAGAAUAACAUCAAUCUUACUGUCUAA